AUGUUUUCCUCUCUGUCCUCCAGCCUGGCAGGCAGUGGCCAUGGCUCCAAGCCAGACACAGCCAAGCGAUUCUGUGAUUCUGUGCUCAUCAUGCCAAGAAAAAUUCCCCCCGAGGCAGGGAAAGCCGUCAAGGGUGAAGUGUCCUAUGCUGUGGCCAUUCAGGAGAUACUCAUUCAUGAUGGGCAGGGGAAAGUCUUGUUCAAACAGCCUCACUUGCCAGAAGAUUGCUAUUACCAUGGCUAUGUGGAGAACAUCCCGGCCUCCUGAGUCACUCUGACUACCUGCUCUGGGCUCAGAGGCCUGCUGCACAUCGGAAACUCGAGCUACAGCAUCGAGCCCCUGGUAGAUUCCUCCAAGGGUGAGCAUCUUCUGUUGCAGAAGCAGGAGACAGAGCAUCCUGGAGUGGUGAUGAACAAAAUCCCCGACAAAAGUGGACAGUUGCCAAUUCCUGGUGUGGCAACAGGGGGUUUCCAGCCCCAGAAGCCUACGGCAUAUUUGGAGCUCCUUGUCGUGGUGGACAAGGCAGGUUUUGAUGCCUUUGGCGAAAAUAUAACUGAUGUGGUACUGGAAGUGGUUGAAAUAAUCCAUCUGGUGGACGGGCUGUUGAAUCCUCUCCAACUUUGUGUUUUCUUAAGCACACUAGAGAUUUGGGUGGAGAGGAACCCUAUCAGUGUUACCAAAACCAUCACUGCAGCCCUUGAGAAUUUUAACCAAUGGCUGGUGGAUGAAAGCAUCGCGUUUAACACGUACGACGUGGGGCAUCUAUUUACCUUGAGUGACUUUGAUUUCGGUGUGAGAGGAUUGCACGUCGGCAGCAGAUCCAGCUUUGCCAGCACGUGUGAUAAAAACCACGUCUCUUCUGUGGCAUCGUUUGCAAAAUGGCCUUACGUGGACACUGCUGUCCAUGCCGCUCGUGCGUUAGGGCACAUCCUUGGCAUGCAGCACGAUGAGGAACACUGUAAGUGUGGCAAUAACUCUAAAUGCAUCAUGAGCAAAUACAACCCGGUGAGCUAUCAUUUCAGCAACUGCAGCAAAAAGGAUUAUUCUGAAUUUCUAGAUUCGGGGCGAGGAUUUUGCCUUAAAAACACCCCAACGCUGCUAAUGAUGUCUGCAACGCAGCGCUGCAGGAAUGGCAUUGUGGAGGCUGGGGAGGAGUGCGACUGUGGCUUAGAAGAACGGUGUAAGUUGGACCUCUGUUGUGACAAUACUUGUCAUAAAAGGCCAGGAGCUGUUUGCACUUCUGGAGGCUGCUGUGAGAAUUGCAAACUCCUUCCCAAAGGAGAAGUGUGCAGGAAAAGCGCCGAUCUGUGUGACCUGCCCGAAUAUUGCAGCGGGACAUCUGAGGAUUGCCCAGCAGAUGUGGCCAAGCAAGAUGGGACCACAUGCGCUGAGGAUGGGUACUGUUAUUCGGGCAAAUGCCAGUCUCGCACCUUACAGUGCGUGAGGAUCUUUGGCAAGGAAGCAAAGCCUGCUCCGCUACCGUGUUUCCUGGAAAACAAGAAAGGGCAUCCCUUUGGCAAUUGCUGGGGAGAUGGGGCAGAUAGCGGCUUUCAGAAAUGUAAGCUAGAAAAUAUCCUGUGUGGGAGGGUGCAGUGCACAAACGUUAAACGUCUGCCUCAGCUGGAAGAUAACACAAGCAUCAUCCAAACCCUGGCGGACAAUACCUGGUGCUGGGGCACAGACUAUCACUUGGGCACUGACGUUCUGGACCCUGGAGUCAUUAUGGAUGGCACGCAGUGCGGUCAGAAGAAGAUCUGCAUUAAUCAGAUGUGUGUCCCCGAGAAAAAGUACCUGAGGUCCCACUGUUCUGCCAAGGGGACCUGCAGCGGAAGAGGCGUCUGCAACACCAGAGGAAACUGCCACUGCGACAGUGGCUGGGCACCUCCCUACUGCCAGGACAUGGGCUUUGGAGGAAGCAUUGACAGCAGCCCUCCGCCAGCCACUAAAAAGAAGCUUAUUAGCUUCAUCAUCAGGAAACGGGCUCCAGAAAAGGAUGAGAAGGAUCAGGAGGAGGAAGACGACUCAAAAACAGCUGAGAACCAAACCUCCCCUGUGUAG